UAGAAGAACAGUCUGAGUUGCGCCAUCAUUCCGUUCUCAUAGAAGGACAUCCGCGCAAAGGCAUAGACGGAAUGGUCCUAUCAUUUAUCCUCGUUCAGAAUCGCCAGGGGAAGACGCGGCUUGCCAAAUGGUACGCUCCGUACAGCGAUGAAGAGAAGGUCAAACUGAAAGGCGAUGUUCAUCGUUUGGUAGCUCCAAGAGACCAGAAAUAUCAGUCGAACUUCGUCGAGUUCAAGCGGAGUACCAAGAUCGUAUACCGCCGAUAUGCGGGGUUGUUCUUCUGUGCAUGCGUCGAUGCCACCGAUAAUGAGCUAGCCUAUCUAGAGGCCAUUCAUUUCUUCGUCGAGGUUCUGGAUCAAUUCUUCGGAAACGUCUGUGAGCUGGAUCUGGUUUUCAACUUCUACAAGGUGUACGCUAUUCUGGACGAGGUUUUCCUUGCAGGCGAAAUCGAAGAGACGAGCAAGCAGGUCGUGCUCACGAGGUUGGAACACUUGGACAAAUUGGAAUGAGGGGGAAGCAGUUUCGAGAACGAAGGAUGGCUUGGAGCGGGAAGUGCAAUAGAGCUUCCGACUCUUAUCUGUGCGGAUUUCAUAUUGCUUCAGUUGCAUAUAUGACCACGGGCUAUGGUCAUUACAGGAGUUAGGUCUUUUUUUUUUGGAUUGGUUUUUUUUAUGCAGGCUCUCCCUGCACUGUUACAUACCUAUAGCGCUCGUCUGAAACUUCAUCAUGGCGGUAUCUAAUGUACAAACUCUAAUACCCUA